AUGAAACAAAUCUACAGCAAACAAUGCAGCUCAGAUAAUGCCGUCGUGGCUCAGAAUCAUCUGAAGAUUGUUCAAGCUGGAGACAGAGUUAACUUCCCCUGUAAUUUUCCAAGAGAGUCAAGAAACAGUGUUGCUUGGGUCAAACGAAGAGUCGGAGAGAACCCCCUUCUAAUUGUUUCAUCAUAUCAAGCUUUACCUGCCGUCUUUGGAAAUGGCUUUGACAAAAAUGAACGCUUUUUUGUAACAAAAGGCGAGAGCAGUUUUAAUCUGAGCAUCACAGACACAGAAGAAUCAGACACUGGAACAUACUAUUGUGUUGUAUAUGUUUAUAAUUUCCAGUUGGGGGAGAGCACUGAUCUCAUUGUUAAAAACGGACAGCUGAGCAUGGACUCAGAGCAUCAGAGACCUGAGACAGAUCCAGAUCCUCCAGAAGAGUCUGCAGCGGCUCUGCAGUGUGCCGUCGUCACUCAGAGCUGUGCAGGAGAACACAACGUCUACUGGUUCAGACAUCAAUCUGGAGAAUCUCCUCCAGGAAUCAUUUACACUCAGGAACGCAGGAACGCUCAGUGUGAGAGGAGAUCAUCUGAUGGGAACUCAACCACACACAGAUGUGUCUACAACCUGCCCAAGAAGAACCUCAGUGACUCUGAUGCUGGGAUUUAUUACUGCGCUGUGGCCGCAUGUGGAGAGAUACUGUUUGGAGAAGGAAGAAAAGUUGAUUCACCAGGGCCAGAUACACCAUGGAGUACAAUUGCCCUAGUUCUAGCAGCUUCGAACUGUUUAUCGGUGAUUGUGAUCAUAAUUCUGGGUGCACAGUUGUACAAGCAUCGACGAAAAGAUGGGACUCAGAACAUUCAGAAUAGUCACUUAAUGGAUGAAGACAGAGAUGCUUUGAAUUAUGCUGCGUUGAGCUUUCAACAAAAGCCCUCCACUUCAAGAAGACCCAGGGGAAAACACAUCAGAUAAUUCAAUAUGUGUACAUGCAAGGAAUCAAUACAAUUUACUAAAAAAUAAAUUUUCUAUUUAAAAAAAA